GAAGUGUUAUUAUAUUCAGUGCGGACCUAUUCUAGUUGCUAUGACAACAGACAGCGCUGCGACGUUUUAUGGCAAACUGUCGUGUCCUGACAGGUUUUCUAGCCACAAGGAAAUAUACCAGGAUUUCUCUUCGGUCAGCUGAAAAUGGUGAAAAUUACUGUUAAAAGGAAUGACGAACCGCAGUUUCUGCAUGAAACCACUGGUGACACUUCAAUUGAUGUCCUCAUUACGAAUAUAACCACUAUCUAUAAUGGCAGGUUGAAAAUUGAGCGGAUAUGUUUAGAGUUAGGAGAGCUGGCCAAGCAUGGAACCUCCCUGCCUAUCAACAUGCAAGGCCUUACAGAUGAGCAAAUUACAGAAUUAAAACUGAUAGAUGAAUGGGCUGAGAAGUGCAGGCCCAGUGGUGGAGAUGCCUUCAACAAGGACACAAUGGGACGACGCAAUGGAAUUGCACCCAAUGAACAUAUGGCUGGAGUUUUAAAUAAAAGUUCAAAAGAAGCAAAAGAUAUGAUUUCCAAAAAAAAGAUACAGGCUGACAUUUGCGUUGAUCAGAAAACAGUGAAAGAUGCCCUGGACAUCCUCCGUGGGGCUGUUAUGAUUGUCUACCCUAUGGGGUUACCUCCGCAUGACCCUAUCAGAAUGGAACUGGAAAAUAAAGAGCAACUUGAUGGCACCCAGGCUUCUCUGGAAGUCAUUCCAGUUGAAAAUGCUGACCUCUGGUGGGCAGGUAAGCAGUUGCUACGUGGUAAAAAGCUGAAGGAUUAUAUCGGCAAUAACGAGAAGACGAAAAUUAUUGCCAAAUUACAAAAGCUUGGACAAGGUGCCCCAGGUCGUGAACCUGUGGUCAGUGAGCAGGAACAAAAGGAGAUGAUGGCCUAUUAUUACAGAAAGCAAGAAGCAGCAAAGAAAUUAGCAGCAGAUGAUGAAGAUUCUUUUUUAAAUUCUGAAUGGGCUGACAAUCAAAUGCUGAAGAAGAAAUUUCAGGGCCUGACCAACAUCAGGUAUUAGGCUGUGGGAAGAAGUUGUAAAGUUGUAAAUUAUAUCACUGAAUAAACUUUAUAUUUUCAUUUGUA